UGGCUUUGGUGAGGAAGGGGUUCGGCAGCAAUGAAGGAGAGAAGAUGAUGAAGAUCGACGACGGCCAUGGCUUUGGUGAGGAAGGAGAUUCGACAGCAAUGAGGAAGAUUGGGUUUCAGUUUGUGGUGGAGAAGAGGAAAAGAUUAGCUUUAGGUAUUGUUUGGAUUGAAGGAGUCGGACGGAGAGGGAGGGGAAGGGAUGGGGACGGAUGGCAAGGGAGGGGGAGUGAGGGAGAGCUGUCUCCUUCCUCCUGUUUGGGUUUUCAAAGAGGUAGAGGGGGAGGGAGAUGGACUGAUUCGGACUCCCUCCAACCCCAUUCGAAUAUGCAGAUUUGCAAUCCGUCCGAUUUGGGGGGAAGAAGUCGGAUAGGAAGAAGUCGACGGAGAAAGGACUGGACAGGGUACGAACGCUCGACGUCGGAUAGGAAGAAGUCGACGGAGAAAUACACCGCCGCCGUGAGCAGAAGAGGAGCGCGGUGGGUAGCCUUAGCCUCUCCCUUGAUUGCUUCCUGCCAUUCGUUGAAUAGUAUGCUCAAGUUUAGCAUUUGCUUCGGGUUCUCCGGAAAUUCCCAAUCGAGAUCCAUCCCGUCAAAACCGAGAUUCCGUGCCACCUCCAAGGCCUUGGGAUUUAAUAAAUUAAAUAUAAUUUCUUUUGUGUGGACUUUGGCUUGUGGAUUUGAUGGUGCUAGUAAUAACAGGUUAUGAAAUUCAUUUGGUUAUGAUUUGCUGUUUCUUUUACUUGUGUUUCUGAUUAUGCUGUCUGCAGUGGGGAUGGUUCUAGAUGGAAAUUUUUGUUCUGUGGGUUAAGGUGAUUUCUCUUUCAAUUUCUCAUGGGUUUCUCUUUGUAUGUGUUGUUGCCUUCUCUAGAAUUACAAUUUGUUCUUGGCUUCGUAUCUUUUUUUGUUUUGUUUUGGCUUUUUUGGUUUUUGAUUCUUUUUUUCUUACGCUUUAUUGUUGCAGGUUGUUUGGUAACCAUUUAAUACUCUUAUAUCUUCUAUUUUCUGUUGCAAUGGAAAUGCUAUUAAUCUUUUGUAACAUUUGGUUCUUUGUGUAGAUUUUGUUUUGUUUAGUUUAUAUUUUUACCUUUUCUGGAGUGUUCUUGCCUUCAUCUUUUGUUUUGUUUGUCAGUUUAAGAUCAAGAAGCUUUAGGUGUGAGAUUUUAUAUUUAUUCUUUUUGAAAACCACAUGAUCUAUGUUGUUUGCCAGGGCUUUUUGUGUUUUGUUAAGCUAUGUUAGAUCUGAAUAGCUUCUUUAUUCAUCUUAAAUAGGUUGUGUGUUGCCUUCAGUGAUGCUUGCUUUGGUUGUGAUCUUAAGAGGGAGAGAAUAUGGAAUGAAAUGGGUUGUUUGUAAUGCUUUUGGAUUGUGUAAUGUAGAAAGAUUUUAAUGAGAAGUGUUUUGAGCACCAUACUUUGAAGGGAGGCUGGAGAAAGGUUGUCACUUUUACCUUUCUUUUCUUUUAUUAUUCUCUUUUCCAUCCCUUUUGUCUGUGAAAGUUGUAGAUGGUUUUAUUUCAAAAUUACAUGAUGCUUAAUUGCAUGAGAACAUUUGUUCUAAAGAUUGAUACGCUUUACUGCAAAUUAGAAGACUGGAAGUGCUUGGUGUCUGCAUCGUGCACUACAAGCAUGACCAUUUAAAAAAUUUUCAGGAUUUUA